AUGAUUAAUUCAGAAGAUUAAAUGCUACUCAACGAAGAAUUAAUUGAUCAUAAGAAUAUGAAUCAAUCUUAAAGUUUCAAAUAAACCUCUCAUAACAGAAGCCUAAUAGACAAACCUGAUACAUAAUAGGACUUGAAUGAAAAAAUUUAGGAUAAAGAACCAAAUCUUGAGCAUUCUGAAGAAAACAAUGAAAAAUAAAUUGAAAUGGCACCUAUAACUGUUUAAAAACGAGUAGGGUCUUACAAUGUGCUCAAUCAAAGUUAAAAUAGCAAAGAUCACUAUUCGAUUAAGGGCCAAGACUUAGAAACUGCAAAAAAUGACUAGCUCACUGCAAAGAAUAAUUUGAAAAAUCAACAAUAAGCUUCCUUUAGAAGUUUGAACAAUCCUCAUAGCCAUUUCAAUUCAACAAAGAAUAUAAAUAAGCAUGGAGGUGGACUAUUUUCCAAAAAUAACUCAAUAUAAUCAUUUGGGUCUCACAUUGAAGAAUUUAAGGCUCUUGAGGAAUAUACUUAAACAAUUUUGGAAUAGAAAGUAAAAGCAAAUGAGCUAUUUUAGCUAGGGAAAUAUGAUAAAGCCUCUGACUUAUAUCAGCAAAUCAUUGACACUAUGCCUUCCCUAUAAAGUAGGUUCUAAAACGAGGAUUUUAUUCUCACAACAAAUGUAUUGAGCAUAUACAGAGAAUCUCAUAUGAAUCUGGCAUUAAGCUAAAUCAAAAUGUGCUAGUAUGAAAGUGCAAUUGAUAUCUUGGGUUAAGUGCUUUAAUAUGAGCCUUAAAAUGUAAAAGCUCUUUACCUAAGAGCAAAGGCUAAUCAUGCAAUUAGAGAAUAUGAAUAAGCUUUGGAGGAUUUCAAAACAGCCAAGUCACUUAGGCCAUAAGAUGCAUCCUUGUUUGAUCAAUAUAUUCAAGAGCUAGAAAUAACGAUUAACAAUAUGCUAAAGUAGGAUGACCCAAUGAUACCUAAGAGUUAUCUCAGAACUAAAUCAGUCCACAUCAACCCUCAAAGCAAAUAAAUAGUUGUGAAGGAAAAAAGAGGUGGUGUGAUGCAAGAUGGAGAUAUAUAAAAGAGUAUCGAUGAGAUUUUAAACUUAAAGAAACCUCGUAGUUUGUUUAGUCUCAUCAGGAUGAUAUUUACAGUGGCUAAGGAUUUCACACUAUCAUUGAAUGCGUUCAUUUUAGCCUUAAUUGGAGUAGCCUUGUAUCAUUACCUUAUUAAAAGAAAGCUAUUUGUAAUAAUGACAUUUAGGCUUCUAGAUAGAAUCGCUUGA